GAAGGUGUCAAGCAUCAAACGCCAACGAUGGUGAAAUCAUACUUGAAAUUCGAGCACUCGAAAACUUUCGGGCUCGUCGCUUCUGCAUCGUCGAAUGCGAUCUGGGCCCGAGACGAUGAAUUGGCUGGUGCUGCACGUCGCACCGGCUCCGGUCGGGGUAUAGUCGGUGCCAGUGAGGAGGUGCUUUGCUGGGAUAUCAAAAAGGGCGAGUUGUUGGGGAGAUGGCGCGAUACGUCAUGCAAAGCACAGGUCACCGUGAUCACGCAGAGCAAAACGGAUGAGGAUAUUUUUGCCGUCGGGUACGAAGACGGCAGCAUUCGUCUCUGGGAUUCGCGAACCGCCAGUGUGAUGAUCUCGUUCAAUGGCCACAAAACCGCUAUUACCCAAUUGGCCUUCGACAGCGCCGGUGUUCGCCUUGCCAGCGGUUCGAAAGAUACCGAUAUCAUUUUGUGGGAUCUGAUCGCAGAAGUCGGCCUCUUCAAGCUACGCGGACAUACCGACCAAGUCACUGCCCUUCAUUUCCUCGUUCCGUCCCCGGAAUUACUCAACGCGGCCGGUCUAAGUGACCACGCAGGAUUUCUCCUCACCACCGGCAAAGACUCGUUGAUCAAGGUCUGGGAUUUGGCAUCGCAGCACUGUAUCGAAACACAUGUCGCUCAAUCCAACGGAGAGUGUUGGAGUCUGGGCUUGUCUCCCGACCAGAGCGGCUGUAUCACGGCCGGUAAUGAUGGAGAACUGAAAGUUUGGUCGAUCGAUGAGGCUGCUAUGAUCGAGAUCUCGAAGGAGAAAGUCGGUUCGGAAGACCGCAAGAUUCUUACAAACCGGGGAACGUUCUACCGAAACGGAAAGGACCGCACAAUUGGGAUCAGCUUCCACCCGCGAACAGACUAUGUGGCUCUUCAUGGGUCGGAGAAGGCUGUCGAAAUCUGGCGCAUUCGUUCGGAGACAGAGGUUCAAAAGAGCUUGGCGAGAAAGCGUAGGAGAAGAAAGGAGAAGGACGCCCAGCGCAAUGCGGACGGAACUGCUAAGGAAGCUACUGAUGACAAAGUUGAGGAUGUCUCCUCUGCACCGGUCACCGAAGUUUUCGUCCCUCAUGUCAUCGUUCGCACUGGCGGGAAGGUCCGUUCGUUCGACUGGAUUAGAACGAAGUCCAGUGGUAGCAUCCAACUCAUGGCCGCGACAACGAACAACCAGCUAGAGGCUUACAGCGUCGUUACGGCGAACAAGAAGAACAAGGACGAGGAGGAAUCAGAUUAUAACCGAAACCUGGCCGUCGACAUCCCUGGUCAUCGCACCGACAUUCGGUCGAUCGCUCUGAGCUCGGAUGAUCGCAUGCUGGCUUCCGCCUCCAACGGUAGUCUUAAGGUCUGGAACAUCCGGACGCAGAGCUGCCUCCGUACUUUGGAUUGCGGCUAUGCUCUGUGCUCUGCUUUCCUUCCUGGUGAUAAGAUCGUCGUGGUCGGUAAUAAGGACGGACAACUCGAAGUCUUCGACAUUGCAUCCUCCACUCUGCUAGACACCAUCAAAGCCCAUGAUGGACCAGUAUGGUCUAUUCAGGUGCAUCCCGAUGGAAAGUCUCUCGUCAGUGGUAGCGCCGACAAGACCGCCAAGUUCUGGAACUUCCAGGUCGUUCAGGAAGACAUCCCUGGAACCAAGAGAACUACGCCCCGGCUCAAGUUGGUCCACGCGAGAACCCUCAAGGUCUCGGAUGACAUUCUCAAUAUUCGAUUCUCUCCUGACGCUCGGCUGCUGGCCGUUGCUCUCCUCGACAACACCGUCAAAGUGUUCUUUGUGGACUCUUUGAAACUCUUCCUUAACCUCUAUGGCCACAAACUCCCGGUCCUUAGCAUGGAUGUCUCCUAUGACAGCAAAAUGAUUGUCACUUGCUCGGCUGACAAGACCGUUCGUCUCUGGGGUUUGGAUUUCGGUGACUGCCACAAGGCGUUCUUGGCGCACGAAGACAGUAUCAUGUCUGUCGCUUUUGUCCCCACGAAUAAGGAAGGAAACGGUCACAAUUUCUUCAGUGCAAGCAAAGACCGUAUGGUGAAGUACUGGGAUGGUGACAAGUUUGAGCAAAUCCAGAAGCUGGCAGGCCAUCACGGCGAGAUCUGGGCUUUGACUAUCAGCCACGAUGGUGAGUUCCUUGUGACAGCCAGUCACGACAAGAGCAUCCGCACCUGGCAGCAGACCGAUGAGCCGCUCUUCCUCGAGGAAGAGCGCGAGAAGGAGCUGGAAGAGAUGCAUGACAACACUCUCAUGGAAUCUCUCGACCAGGAAGACAACGAGGAUGGCGAGAAGGCCGAGGCCGGUGAGGCAGGAAAGCAAACCACCGUCACUCUCAUGGCCGGUGAAAAGAUCAUGGAGGCUUUAGAUUUGGGCAUUGAGGAUCUGGAGAUCGUGCGUGAAUGGCGCGCCGUCAAGGCGGCGCAACCGAACGCAGCACCUCCCAUCCGCAACCCCCUGUACAUGGCGCUGGGCAACAUUUCGGCCGAGCAGCAUGUCCUCAACACGGUGCAGAAGAUCCCGGCCGCCGCGCUGCAGGACGCCUUGCUCGUUUUGCCCUUCGCCAAACUCCCCGCCCUGUUCACCUUCCUCAACAUCUGGGCCAGUCGUGAAUGGAACGUUCCUCUCACCUGCCGAGUCCUCUUUUUCAUGCUCAAGACGCACCACCGUCAGGUCGUUGCCAGCAAGACGAUGAGACCGAUGCUGGACAGCAUUCGGAAGACAUUGCGUCGGGUCCUGGCGCGCCAGAAGGACGAGAUGGGAUUCAACCUGUCUGCUCUUCAGUUCGUGGGUCACCAGGUGCGCGAACAGAGCAACAAGAAAUACGUCGACGAUGAGGUCUGGGAAGAGCCGUCCCAGACAGCAGCCACGGGUAAGAAGCGGCAAUUCGUCAGCGUGUCUUGAGCGGCAGGAUUUGUUUGAUUAUGCCUUGGGGCCUUUCGGUUUUUUGUGUACAUGCAUCACGGGCGUUACGAAUUGACUUGGCUGUCUGCUACUGAAAAAGUUCUAUAUCCGGAGUUGGGAGGUUUCAAAAUCCAUGUAUAUUUUCGAGACAACUAUAGAAAUCUACAAUGUCAAUCCACA